AUGCGCGGCCUGACGCGUUUGUUGGUGAUCCUCGUCGCAGGGUGUGCGUGCGUAGGUGUCGCGAACGCAGAGGCCCUGCCGGCCGGCUUCGCGCGCAUUUGGCAUGGAGAGGACUUCAAGAACGCCUUCCCGCAGGAUGGCGUUGCGGCGACGCAGAUGCUCUUCGGCUCGAGGAUAUUCACGAGCUUCGACGGCAACUACAUGUUCGUAUUUUCCGGAGUUCGAACGACGUUCACGGGAACGGCACCGGAGGGCGUGACGAGCGUCGCGUCCGGCGGCGUGUUCGUCUACCGCUACGACGACUCCGCCGCGUCCACGACCAACCCGUGGACCCUCAUCCAGACCAUCGCGCCCCGCACGGCCCGGGCCGACGCCACGCUCGGCAUCGGCGGCACGGACACCUCGACCACGACCAGGGUUUCGGCCCAGUUCGACUGGGAGUACUCGGCGCAGUGCACGUCGUCGCGGACGGGGUGUCUCGACUGGUUCUCGUCGGCGUCCGUCAACCAGGACGGAACCAUCCUCGCGAUCGGACUCAGCACGGCGUCGGUGCUGGGCGCGCCCGUGCAGACGCAGGACGGCACCACGCGCGCCAACGCGCGUCUCGGCAACGCCGGCGUCACGUACAUCUACGAGAGGGUGAUCGACACGACGGCGUCCGGGACGCCGCGCGCCGCCACCUUCUCGCACGUGUCGACGAAGGUCUCCUCCGUGCCCUCCGCCGGCGGCGCGUGCGGAACCUCGGUCGCGGUGCGAGGUGUGCGCGUCGUCACGGGGUGCCCCGGCGAUCACGUGGAGACGCGGCCGGACAGGGGGUUCCCAGGCACCGCUGCAGGCGCCACGGGGUCGGGCACGUACGUGCGCGGCACCGGCGUCGGCGCGGUCGAGAUCUUCCGCCGGGACGUCUCGACGGUGACCACGUACGCGGCGGGGUGGCAGCUGGACGUCCGCGUGACGCAGGAGGUGCCGAGCGUCGGGUUCGGGGCGUGGGUGGAGCUCUGGGACGGCGUGCUCGUCGUGCGCGACACCGCGAAUCCCGGCAAGCUCCAGGUGUUCACGGAGACCGCGAGGAACGGCGUGACGGGGUGGGGUCUCGCGCAAGAGUUUUACCCUGGGCUGCUGUCGUCGGCGGCGGCGGCUGACAUCAGGUUUGAGGGCGGGCUGCUGCACUACCGCGUCGUGGCGCCUGCAGGGAGCGUGUACGCGGGGCGGGAGCUGAUUGUCAGCUACCAGUCGCUGACCAGCAACAACAAGUGUACCACGCCGACCAGUUACCGCAUCCCGAAGAUGAUCGUGGGCAACGACGGCGGGCUGAUGGACGCGACCACGGACCUGUUCUGCACCCCGGAGACGGGCUGCGAGGUCGUCGACAUCUCGUCCGAGUCCGCGACGACGUCGUGGCACCGCCUCGGUCGAUACAUCGCGGUCGGCAAGGCGGGCGACAGCUACUCGUUCCGCGAACCCCACCUCAACGACCGCCUGAACGUCAACUUCAACCUGCCCGUCAGCGGCAACUCGUACUACCAGGGCAACAUCGACAACGCCGGCUCCGUCUACCUCUACGAGCAGCGGGCGAGCCUGGACUCGGCCAACCGGCUCGACACCGACAACUUCCUGCGCACCACCGCGGGCAUUCCGGCCGUCGACGCGGUGAACGCGUACCAGAACGUCCACUAUCUGUCGAACCAGCGUCUCCGCCGGGCGUCCUUGACUCAGGGAGCGAGCUACGUGUACAUCGGUCGCUACCAGCCCAAACACUUGUACUACAAGACAUACUGCGGCGCCGCCGUGCGCAUCAGCAAGCGCCACAUCGUUGCAGGGUGCCCCGCGGAUGCCGGCGUCACUUCCACGCCGGCCAACGACAACUCGAACGUGUACCGGAGCGCGGCGACCAACCACAACGACUACGCAGACCAGCUGUCGCUAUACUUCGACGCGGCCGGAGGCACCGCGGACAAGGACGGCAUGUUCCUCCAGUUCCCCCUCUCGACGCACGCGACGGCGCAGGACGCCGUCCGCGACGCCGCCGACGUCCUGUACGGCCCCACGCUGUCGGCGACGGGCGGCUACGGCACCUGCAUCGCCGGGGCCGGCACCGCGAUUCUCGUCUCGGACCCGAACGCGGACAUCGGCUCCGUGGACCGCGCGGGCUUCGCGUACAUCAUCAACGGCGCGACCGGCGCGGUGAUCGGUUCGAUGUGCAGCGACAAGCCUGCCGUGGGUCUGCGCCUCGGGGGACAGUCGUGCGCGCUCUACCAGGACCCCGGCACUGGCAACUACUUCAGCGCGCUGUCGACGGACGCGUACUCCACGCGCACGAACGCGCAGGGCGAGACGGUGAAGGUCGAAGUUGGCACCGUGGACUUGUUUGAGGGGACCACGUGGAUUGCCCGCGUGCAGCCGCAGGGCGCGAGCCAGGGCAUGAGCUUCGGCCGCGAAGCCAACUCGCUCGCGUUCAUGCGCGCGAGCGGCACUCUGUUCCUCGUCGUCGCGGCGCCCGGCGACAACCUGGUGCAGGACACCGACAACAACGUGCACAGGACCCAGGACGCGUACAAGGCCGGCGCCGGGGCGCUUCAUGUGUUCCGGCGCGUGCUGUCGACCACUGCGCCCCGGAUCAACUACGUCUUCGAGGCCAAGCUCGUCCCGUCGGACGCCUGGGGCUCCACCAACACGGCGAAGGCUUCGGACAUCUUCACGGGCCGCGUGGGCAUGGCGUUCGGCACCGGCGGCGUGCGCGCGCAGGACGACGCCGUGAUGGCGGUGGCGCCGCGCGCGUCGCGGACGAACAACGCGCAGUAUUACAACCCCGCGCUGGCGGCCAACGCGCAGGCGCAGGACGAGGCGCGCACCGGCGCGGCGUACCAGUGGGUCGUGUCGGGCACGGCGUCGCCGUUCACGUUCACGGAGACGCGGAUCACCUCCCCGGACCAGUACGCCCUGUACAACAAGAACGGCGGCGCGGCGGCCAACACGGCGGAGGUCGACCCGUACCGCGAGACGUUCGGCAAGAACGCGGCGUACUGCCCGAACGGGGACGCGCUGAUCGCGACGUCCCUCCCCAGCAUGUUCCACGAGGGGGCCGGGCAGGUCCUGUACUACCGGCGCGACUCUGCGACGGUGAUGACGCCAGUCGGGAACUUCACGACUGACGAGGGGCCGAAUGCCGGGAUCGCGCUGGGCAGGGACUAUCUCGCGUGCACGCUCUCGGGCUCGACGACGUACGUGUGGGCGAGCGCGCGUGACCCGCGGCGGCCAGCAGGUGGGCCGACGCACGUGUACAUGCUGGCGCUGGUGUUCAACACGGCCACGCCGCGGCGGCCGGUGGGGUACACGACGCCCGUGCGGUUCAACGUGGGGACGUCGGAGCGGCAGAUGGCGGUGCUGGGCCUGACGCUGUUCUCGUCCGACGCCCAGGCGCGGCAGCUGCAGCCCAAGACGACCACGUUCGACGCUGUGCUUGACGCCGUGCAAGGGCGGGAGGGCGUGACGUUCGUGAACGCGACGGACAACAUCUGGCAGUGCUCGACGUGCAGCCAGGGCACCGGGCCGUUCCCGAUCGGGGCGAUCCUGCGGUACGACGCCGUGCACGACAUUGUGGUGGAUUGGGACGGCAGCAUACUGGCGGCCGCGGGGGCGGCGAGGCUCGCGGCGUGGCUCGGAGCCUGCGCCCUCCUCGCGCUCAUGACUUUGGCAUAG